AUGUCUGAACCCGAACGGCAGCCAUCUGCGUCGGAACCGUUCCAGGACGAUAACGAUGACGAUGACGACGAUGACAGCUCACAACAACGGGCUGAAGCGGAACAGUCGGAGGACAGCGAGGACGACGUCGCUGCCGCCCAGUGGCCCGCGCUACCGGCGGAACUGUUGGCCGAGGUGCAGACCACAUUCGCCAUGUUCUGCGAUGCCAGAGGCCGGAUGAACGUCAGGCACCUGUACCUGGCGCUGCGGGCGGUUGGCGUGGACGCGACCGACGAAGACGUCAUCGCCGUGGCGGACGAAUACGACCCGACGCACCGCGGCUACAUCACAGGCAACCAGUGGGCGGCGUCCAUGGCACGCCGAUGGGCCGAAGACGGAGCCCGGCGCCGGCGGUUCCGCGCCAUGCUGGCGGCCGGCGACCCGGAGUCCACCGGGAAGGUGACGGUCGACCACGUGCGCACCGUGCUCAAAGAGUUCGAGCCAAAGCUGACGGCCGUGGACGUGGAAGAGAUGGUGACCAGCAUGGACUUUGCCGGCUUGGGACAGAUCGACUACGACGAGUUCAUGGACACCAUGGUCCGGGCCGGCCCCGCUUGA